UUACCUCCUACAUGCACUUUUAUUUUCUAGAAGAGUGGCUGUUUCUGAAGUCCAAGAGAAUCUUUCAAGGAAAGAAACAUAUAUUUAUCUUUACCAAAGGUAUCCGCCUCAAUGAACAAGCUCAACUACUUCAUCUCAGUCUAACUCUUGACUAGACAACUCAUCAAGAUUCAUCAAAAUAUCCAACACUACCCGUCUUAGUAAUUUGACAUGCCACCAAGAAAAAAUGCGUUGCUCGCAUCCUCCAAGUAAGUCAAUCCAGCUAGUCUUACUUUCCAAAGCUUAUAUUCAUUCAGGGAACAAGAAUUCGCGCAAGAUUUUAGCAUCACUGUCGGAUCUCAUGUCUUCUAUAUCUACAAGGACAUUGCUAUCAAUUCCUCUAAAGUUUUUUCAAAAGUAUGGCAAGACCACCCUUCCGCCAAGAGAAUAAACUUUCAGCUUGAGGACUACGACGAUGACGAAGAUGAUACAAACCUGGAGAGCUUCUACACUGUCGAUGCGAUGGCUCACCUCAUUGGAUACAUGUACGGUAAUGAUCUAGGAUGUCCCACGUCUGAUCUGGAUCGUCAUACCGGCUGUCUAGUAGCUUGGUGCAAAGUCUACAAGCUCGCCUCUUAUUUCGGCAUGCCAUCCGAAUGCGAGAGCUCUCUAGAUCGAUUCCGAAAAUGUCUAAAUGAUCGCAAAUAUCAUCCCGUAAUUCCCACUGCGGAAGAAGUCAUUGCAAUCUACCACUCGACGGGGAAGGAUUCCGAGAUACGCGAAGUGCUGGUUAGUGCGAUGAUGAAGAUGUGGCGCUCGUUUAGAGUUAUGAUUGAUAAUUCGGGUGGGCUUAGUAAGGAUACUUUGGAGGAUUGGCGGAGGAGCUUGGUGGCGGUUCCGGAGUUUGAGAAGAGUGUUAGGAAGAAGGUGGGGAAGGAGGAGAUUGACAGGCUGGAGAGAGAUGAAUUGGGUUCUGACGAGUGAGCUAGAAGUUGACUGGAUGAGAUAAAUUGGUGCUUUGCUUUUAUUUGCUUGUGAUUUUACAUCCCUUGAUGUGAUUGGGUUAUAGAACUGUUAGCGCUGUGCUUGCUUGAUAAACAUUUACAGCUACGAAAGAAUUCAAUUUCUGUUUACCUUGAAACACAUGGAUCAGCCUUCUUUAUUGUUCAAAAAAUUCCUGGAACUAUCUUCCUUACGACACAGCUCUAGCCAUUUCUCCAACCAAAUUUCUUCGAUACGAUAUCCACCAAAAUAAGAUAUAUGAUACGAUCUCUUCACAAUCGGUCUUCCAUCUCUAGUUUCCAACAUACCGGUCCCAGCUUGGGGCUCUCGGAUAUAGGUGCUGAGUCUAUAUAAGUAUGAAUCGUUUUACUAGAUCCUUCUCAGCGUUUUCGUCUGGUCUAUCAUGUACAGUACUAGCGCACUGCUACUAGCCGAAUGGCCUUUUCACACCCAGCCUCAACCAUUUUACAAAAUUAAAACAAUU